AGAGAAUGAUGAAGUAAAAACUAAAAAGAAAAAGGCAAGGGGAUAGAGACAGGGGAUGAAUAGAAGAAGAAGAAGAGAAGUAGAGUUGAUAGUGCCUCGUGCUUCUGCUUCAAUUCAUCGAAUCAAUCAUUGAUUUGAAAUCGAAUGGGGAUACUGUACGCGCUGGUAGGUCGUGGAUCGGUGGUGCUGGCGGAGUUCAGCGGCACCGCUACCAACGCCAGCGCAAUCGCCAGGCAGAUAUUGGAGAAGAUCCCUGGCACCAACGACACUCACGUUUCAUACUCUCAGGAUCGUUACAUCUUCCACGUUAAACGCACCGAUGGUCUCACCGUUCUCUGUAUGGCCGACGACACUGCCGGCAGGAGAAUUCCUUUUGCGUUUCUGGAAGAUAUUCAUCAGAAGUUCGUGAGGACUUAUGGACGCGCUGUUCACACCGCUCAGCCUUAUGGAAUGAACGAUGAGUUCUCUAGGGUUUUGAGCCAGCAAAUGGAGUAUUAUUCCAAUGAUCCUAACGCCGAUAGGAUCAAUCGACUUAAAGGUGAAAUGUCUCAGGUACGAAAUGUCAUGAUAGAAAAUAUUGACAAAGUUUUAGAUAGAGGUGAUCGAUUGGAAUUGCUGGUGGAUAAAACUGCUAAUAUGCAAGGAAACACCUUUCGCUUCAGGAAGCAAGCUCGUCGUUUCAGAAGCACUGUCUGGUGGAGAAAUGUCAAGCUAACGGUUGCACUUAUUGUUGUCCUUCUUGUGAUAGUUUAUAUUGUGUUGGCUUUUGUUUGCCAUGGGCCCGCUCUGCCAUCUUGUUUUUAGUGAAGGAUUGGCAAGUGAAUUUUAUGUGUGCUUCCUUAUCGUCUUGAGCUGAGGUCACUUCUUUUAUAUCUUCCAUUGUUAUAUGCAGACUCCCAUUUGUUCAACUUAAAUUGCUGGGCUGUCCGCCUGUGUGCUAGUGAAUUCCUUGCAUUUGUUUUGGAUUGUACUUUCAUUACGAGGCUUGAGGGAAAAAGUUAUCGUAUCAUGUCAAUCAUUGUAUUUCUCAUACCAACCCAAAAAUUUGGAUUGAACUGGGAAAACGUGAGACGUUAAUUUUGUGUAAAGUGUAGCGUUGCAGCUUGAUGGUGUGCUAUGGAUGCUUCCUCUUCUUGUUCUAGAGGGGGAAGGGUAAACCUUAAAUUCCAUGUGUUCUUUCAUAGCUCAGUGAAAGGGUUAGAGAGAGAGAGAGAGAGAAGAAGGGGGGGGGGGGUUGAACUGUUCGGCCCUGUUUUGUUUUCAAAUUGAUGCAUGUGAACCGCAUAAACAUAAUACAUAUUUGCUUAAAUUUAUCUUUUUAUGUGCGAACUAUGAAUUGCGAAGGUUCACGAUUUUAUUUUUAC